AGCCUGUGUCAUAAUCUGUACUGGAAGGCAUCUGACAACUCUGUGAAUGGCAUUGAAUGAGCAGAAGUUACUGACAAUUGAAGAUGUGACCAUAAAAUUCACCCCAGAGGAAUGGGCCCUACUGGGCACACCUCAGAGAAAGCUGUACAGAAAUGUGAUGGCGGAGAACAUUAAUCAUCUCCUAUCCCUUGGAUACCAGCUCUGCAAAUCAGAUCUAAAUUUUCUUUCAGUGGACAAAGAAAUGCUGUGGAUGGUGGAAGGAAGAGUUAUUCCUCAACUUCAGAGUCCAGGGGAGGUCCAGUUCUUUCCUGUUAAUCAGACAUCAUUCAACCCUGAUAUUUCAAAGUAUGGACCAUAG